ACCCCUUCUGUCCUGCCCCCUCAGCUGUUUGCUCAUCUAGGCGUGUGCUUUUUUUUUUAAAAGAGGGACCAGGAGUUGGACCUGCUCUUCUUGGGGCAGCAGGGACCCAAACUGCAUCUCUUUCCUCUGUUUUUAUGAUAAUAACAGCAUAGUUUCUGUGUAUUUCUUCAGUAAAGAAACAUGAACUGGUGCUGGGUAUUUUUGGGGGUCCUCCUUUCUUUAGGAAUAUUUUCCUGGGGAGAAAUUGGUCUGGAAAUCCCUGAAUAUGAUGGCCGGGAUCGUGUCCAUGACCUCAAUGCUAAGAACUUCAAGUCUGUGAUGAAGAAAUAUGACGUCAUGGUCAUCUACUACCAUCAGCACGUUGGAAAAAGCAAGGCAGCACAAAAAGAGUUUGAGAUGGAGGAGCUUGCACUGGAGUUACUUACCAGCCCAGCUGCACUGACGUACCAGCUUGCCGCACAGGUCCUGGACGAUCUUGACGAUGAGGACAUCGGCUUUGGUCUCGUUGAUGAGAAGACAGACGGUGCCGUUGCCAAGAAGCUGGGUCUGGAUGAGGUGGAAAGCAUCUAUAUUUUCUAUGACAACGAGAUCAUUGAGUAUGAUGGCGAGCUGGCAGCAGACACCCUGGUUGAGUUCCUAUAUGAUGUCAUUGAGGACCCUGUCGAAAUAAUUUAUAAUGAACGAGAACUCAAAGCUUUCCACAGAAAUGAAGAGGACAUAAAACUUGUGGGGUACUUUAAGAAUGAGAAGUCUCCUCACUUUGUUGAGUAUGAUGAUGCAGCUGAAGAGUUCCACCCUUUUGUUAAGUUUUUUGCAACCUUUGACACCAAGAUUGCCAAGAAGUUGGACCUGAAGAUAAAUGAGGUUGACUUCUAUGAACCAUUCAUGGAGACGCCUGUUGAAAUCCCUGGGAAGCCCUAUACAGAAGCAGAACUUGUUCACUUCAUUGAAGGGCAUGACAGACCAACUCUUAGAAAGCUGGAGCCCCAUAGCAUGUAUGAGACUUGGGAGGAUGAUAUAGAUGGUCAACACAUUGUUGCAUUUGCUGAGGAGGAUGAUCCAGAUGGUUAUGAAUUUUUGGAAAUUCUAAUAGAGGUGGCCAGAGAUAACACAGAAUACCCUAAUCUCAGCAUCAUCUGGAUUGAUCCUGAUGAUUUCCCUCUGCUUGUCCCAUACUGGGAGAAGACAUUUGACAUCGACCUGUCAUCCCCACAGAUUGGUGUUAUUGAUGUUGAAGAUGCUGACAGCGUAUGGAUGGCCAUGGAUGAUGAUGAUGACAUGCCCACUGCAGAAGAGCUGGAAGAAUGGAUUCAAGAUGUUAUAGAGGGCAAGAUUGACCCAGAUUUUGAUGAUGAUGAUGAUGAAGAUAAUGAUGACGAUGAUGAUGACAAUAAUGAUGACGACGACGAUGAUGAUGAUGACGACGACGAUGAUGACGACGACGAUGAUGACGACGACGAUGAUGAUGAUGAUGACGAUGAUGAUGACGACGACGACGAUGACGACGAUGAUGAUAGUGAUGACGAAGAUGAAUAAAUCCUUAUUGUUUGCUUUCAAAGCUAUUAUAAAGAUUCCCUAAUACAUAUUACAGUUUUUAUCACAUUUUGUUGACUUUUAAAAUGAGACCAAAGCUUGACCUUCUAACACAACGCCCUUUACCCUGUGCUCAUACCUGUUACCUUGCACAUUAUGUCCAAAUUUAAGAACUUUAUCUUUAAAAAGUGUUCAUUUUUAAUAUUUUAAAAUUUAUUUUUUACUCCUUUUUGGUGUUAAUUGGAUAUCAGACCCAGCAGAGAAGCCCAGGUGUCCCAGAUUGGACCAGGAGGUGAAAAUGUGGAUUUUUUCCACCAAGCAAAACUGAGCAUUAAUUGUCAACAAAAACGUGUUUUACUAGGGAAAUAUGAAAACAAAAAAGUGAAACUUAUAAUGGCAAAAUAUAUAUCCUGAGAUCUCUCUUUAGAGAGAAAAAUCCUCUUUUUGGAUGAGCUGUGUGCGGGAAUUCAUGCUUCAUGUUUCCUUCUCAUCAGAAAAACAUGAUACCUGUCGAUACCUGAGACAGAAGUCCACUCCAUCUUCUCAAAUAAGACUGCCGUUGAUUAACUGAUUUUACUGAUGUUAAGUAAAAUUAAGCUUAAGAAGUAUAUUCUAUUUUCUUUUAUGUAGUAUACCUCAUUGCAAUGUCUUAAAGCGAGAGUUUAGGAAAGAAAUAUAAUGGAAAGAGUUUUCAUUAUCUCUAAUGUUGUGAAUAAGAAAAGGAAAAUACUAAAAAUGUGUAUUUUGUCUCAUUCCUUCAUGUGCAUCUGUGUGUAUUGAUUUAUAUCCACUUCCACUGCAACCACUACAUUUUAUUAGUCCUUAGCAGUGUGAAAUACACAUAGAGAUAUAAGUCUCAGAUUAUUCUCAAUUACAUUGUCAUUGUUCUGGUAAAAGGGAAAAGGUGAUAUCAGUCUUGCAUUAUUCAUUUCCAUUGUUUAUAGCAUUUGUCCUGCAUUCUGGUUCCAUUGACUGUGUUAUAUUCUUCCCAUGUCACAUGGGUUAACUUCCAUAGUUUGUGCCUAGUGUUAGACAUGAAUCCUGUCCAGGAUAAGUAUUCGGAAUAUAGGUGAAUUAGGGCCUAAGACACGGUGCUGAUUUUUUAAAUGGAUACCCCUAUGUUGUGUUGCUGCAGUGACAAUUAACAGCCAUUAGGGGGCAAUGAAGAUUUAAUAAACAAAUGUAUGGGAAGAAAUUGUAUUGUUAACUGGUUAGAGUAAAGAGAAUGGACCGAA